CUACAAGCACGACACGCCAAGAACUCUCUUGAAGAUCUAGACUGCCUGCGGGUCUCGUAAGGGAAUGCCCAAUGCCCCAUCAUAGGUCCAGCACAGAGUAAGCACCCUGUAGGCCUUUAGCACUAUGGGAGUGGGGUUUCAACAGCGGCCUAGCGGCCGUUUCGUGCUGGCUUCAGGCCAGAGACAGAGCGGUGCUCAUCGCGCGACAGGACGGGUAUUACAUGUCAUUGGCGGCAGAGUAUGCAGGCACAGCGGGCCGAUCUCUGCCUGCGACACUGCGUGGUUACGGCAGCCUUGAUUUGACCCACAUACUCUGCCGUUAGGUCGACCUAUCAGGCAAGCGCUGCGUGCGGGAGAGAGCUGUGCGAAGCCUACUCGAUUAUGGUACAGAUUGGAGCAGAUGUCUAUGUUGGCCAAGACUACCGCUAGGAGUCGCAUUGCACGAUGCUAAACUGUUGUGCGCCUGAUGGUACGUCAACCACAGGGCCGACUCCUGCCGAGAAGGCCUACAGCACGGGAGGCUUACGUGAGGCCACGGUUACACAACGCCGUGGGGCGACGCCUAUUACUUGCCACAUGCGCAGUUUCCUCGGACACUGUAGUUCUAUUGAGGCUUUCAGUUGCGAUAGAAACGCGCUAUCGGUCUUACGCCAGAUCUGCAGUGUUCAGUCCAGUAAUAUGAGCCCACCGCAUGCAACAUCACAAAACCCACAGCAACAGCCUUCAAAGGAGUCGCCCACGCAAGAGGAUCAGUCACAAGACCAGCGCUCCCAGCCUGCGCUAGCUCGAAGAGAGAAACUGCGCACGAAGGACUCCAGGGAACACGUCACGCUCGCGCUGGACUAUCGUAUGUGAAGGGGAAGGCACCUGUUUUAACAGCAACAUCAGCACGACAUUGAGUGAUCUCGUCAGCGGCACCCGGAGCCGGGUCGCGUUGUGGCUGCCAAGCUAUGAUCACGACGUUGACUAUCAUACUGGUUGCACCCAAUCAAUACAUGGGCAUAACGCCGAUCCGUCCCGGCAGCGUGGGUUGACACUUCACAAAAUCUGGGUAUUGUGGGGGGUGGCGUUGCCGGCUAUAACUGACAUUACAUUUCUGGAAGCAGCAGAAAGCAUACAUGUUUGGUCUGCUAUACGCUAACGAUCUAAGAGGGCAAGUGUCUAGCCACAUUCGUGGCCCUUCUUUCAC